AAUUACGAGUAAUCCAGAAUGCAUUAAAGUUUAAUUUUAGCAGCGAUGAAGUUGCUCGUUAGUUUGUGUUGAUUGGAAGAGAACUGUGGAUUUUUGCCUUGCCUGCCUCGAUGACAUAAGCAUUUAGACGCAGGGUUUCAAAUGUUUAAAUAUGUUGUGAAUAUGAGAAACAGCGAGCUUGGCAAAUGCCAAAGAAAAUUUAAAGUAGUUUUGUCCUAAAGCAUUUUUGCCUUUUGGCAUCCACUCCACUGCACCAACUAAUUCUUGCAUAGGUGCUCUCCUUUCUAGUCAACUGUCCCUUUUAAACUUUCCUACAGUUUUCUCUAACCUCACAGAGACUAUUUUGCUGAUGAUGCGGACGGACAGUAGAGGCCGAAGUGCCUCCCCUCACAGAAUAACAUAUAAAUCUGACUUCCAUGCUAUCAAAUGUUCAUUUGACACUGGGAUUAGUCUAUCAGGAAGGACCAAAGUUGCUGCCAGUCAGGGUCCUACAGUGCCCUCCAACAACCUGCUUUCCAACCUGUCCAACAUCAGCAAUAGCAGCAGCACAGGCAACCGAGGUCGAAUCCAAAGCAGCAGGGGGACCAAGAUAAGAGAAAACAUUUUUCUUCAAAUGGACAGCCAGCAGACAAGACAAGAUGGUUCUGUAAACAUGGGUUCUAGCUCCACACUUCUUCCUGCCCCACAUUCCAGCUUCCAACUCCAUGCUUCUCCUUUCUCUGAAUCCACACAUUCAGUCAUGAGCUCCUCUUCCUCUUUUCUGAGCAGUCGGAGUAUUUCGUCCACAGAAAAAUUGCUGCAAGACAAACCAUCCAGAUCAGAGAAAAAAGUGGACAUUGAUAGAGUUGCUCUGGCACAGAAGUUUUCCGUGACCCGUAGGUUGUUUGAAAAUAAGAUGUUGGAGAUUGAUGGAGGAGGAGGGCAGGUUUUAAAACCUCACAUCGUCAGGGGGAGCAAGGGAGCUGCAGAUGAGAAAGGAGAAGUAGAAAAGGUGCAAGAGGCUAGAGGGAAAAUGAAAAUCAUGGAAGAGGGUGGGUUAGGUAAAGACAAAUCCAUAAACCAAACCAUAAACAUGAAGGCCCCUCAAGUGGAGUCACUGAUGAGACUUCCUGAAACUUUAGUACCGAACUGGCCUGGUGAAGCUGCAGCAUCAAAAUCAAAGGAUGAGAAAGGAGACUGCUUUGCUUCUGAGGAGACACUGAGAGCAGAACUAGUCAAUGUAAACAAUGAUUCUUCAGAAAGUGACGAGAAUGAAGAAAAAGUGCAGGAGGACAAAAGCUUGCCGAAAGAUGAGAUUGAAAUGCACUUGAACAAAUCUACGGAGGAAGAUCAGGAAGCCCUGGUAGAUGAUGUUUUUGAGGAGGCCAGCGUGGAAACACCAGGAAGUCUUCAUAUGUUCAAAGCAUGCAAAAAUAAACCAAUCACUUCUUCAGAACACCACAAAGAGUUAUCGGAGGACACGCAAUGGAAAACAACUGGGAAUGGAGGGGAAAGCAAUGGAGACAAGUAUCAGCAGGCAAGCAAACAAUGGGAAGGUGGAAGGGAGGAGCAGCACACACACGUCACUACACAACCUAAGAAGCAGCCAACAGAAGAAGAUAAGGACAUGAAGAAAAACACUGAUGGUGAAUUUAGAGAAAGUGCAGCUGGAUUAGAGAAGGUUUUAAUCCAAGAGAUGUAUUCUGAUAAGGAAGGAGAGGGAAAGGUGAAUGAUGGAGAAGAAUCUAGACACAGUCAAAGAAAGGAAACAAAAGAAGGCACAAAAUCAGAGCUACAAGAGAAUGUUGUCACAGAGAAGAUUAAGCAUGCUACAUGCAGAAGUAUUGGUGAUGCAGGAGGAGGAGGAGGAGGCAAAGAUGACCAAACAGAAGCUGUAGGAGUCUGUGGGAUUGAGAACAAAGCUUUUUGGUAUGAUCAGGACUCCCAGUCCCAUCCAGAGCUCUCAGAAUCACUACAACAAGAGCAGGAAAGCUUGAUGAAGGGAGGAAAUCAGCUUUUAGUGGAGUAUGAAGAAAUUCCUGGUGUGCCUGAGCUGGACUCCCAAGAUGAGGAUUCACCAGAGGCUGCAAAGAGGAAGGUCAGAUUCUCCCCAGCACCAAUUAAGGUGUACAACACAUAUUCCAAUGCAGAGUACGACAGGCACAAUGAGGACAUUGAUCCAGUGUCCGCUUCGGCUGAGUUUGAGCUGGAAAAGAGAGUGGAGAGGAUGGAUGUUUUUCCAGUUGAAAUAGAAAAAGGAGUGGACGGACUGGGCAUCAGUAUCAUCGGAAUGGGUGUAGGGGCUGACCAGGGGCUGGAAAAACUGGGAAUCUUUGUCAAAACGAUCACCGAAGGAGGAGCAACACACACGGAUGGAAGGAUUCAGGUGAACGACCAGAUCGUGGAAGUGGACAGGAUAAGUUUGGUUGGAGUUUCCCAGCUCUUUGCAGCUACAGUCCUCAAAAACACAUCUGGCCUGGUCAAGUUUUUGAUUGGUCGAGAGAAGGAGGGGGUAGAAAGUGAGGUUGCGCGGCUAAUCAACGAGAGUCUUGAAAUGGACAAAACAAAAAAGGGAGAAGACAGAAGCAGUGGAGAUGAGGACAAUGAUGACAGUGUGUCAGAGAGAGACUCCAUCUUUGAAGAGGAAGAGGUGGUGGAGGAUGAAGAGGAUGUGUCUGUUUUGUCCAGUCUGGAAAACUAUCAUCUAUGUCUUAAAUACCAGCAGCUUCAGUCCAAAUUAAGAAGCAGAACAACUCAGCUGCACCGGGCUAGAGAGAAGUUAAAGGCAUGGGAGGAACAGCAGGCCCGUUGGCAGAGCCUGAGAACUGAGUUAGAACAAAGAGCACAAGAUGGAGAGGAGAAAGCUGAGAAACUAGAGAACUACUGGCAAGAGGCCCAAACGUUGUGUAGAGUUGUGAGCCAGCGACUAGCUGAUACCCAGGGCCAGACAGAAAGCCUGGAGAUCAAAUACGGCAAAGCUAAGAGACUGAUCAGAGAUUACCAGAGCAGAGAGGAUGAGAUGGACAAAAGACUUGCAGAUCUGAGGAAUGAAAUGGAGAAGAAAGAAAAGCAACACAGGGAAACAGUAGAAAGGCUACAAAUGCAGAUAGCACAGCUUGAUGGAAAAGAGACUGAACCAGAGAAAAGGAACCACACUGUGGACUCUUCAGACACAGACUGGCAUCUUCUAGUUCCUAAUACUGGACGUCUUGACUCCAGCGUUCACAUAGCCAGAGCUCAACUAGCCCAGAAAUCAAAACGCAACCCACCGUCACGGGACAAACUCAGAGAGAGCUUCAAAAAACAACAGGAGGAAGUCUUGCUUAUGCCAAAGGAGAGCCAGUCUUUGCCCAAUUCCACAGCAGUCCAAAGCAACAGAAGUGACCUGUCCAGUACCGCCACUUUCUCAGCGCUUAGUCCGCAGCCUACCACCACCUCCUUCUUAACCCCUUCCAUCUACAUCACAGACACUGUCACACCCUCUCCAUCCAAAUCCUCAGCAUCCAAAAAAUCUAAACGGUUAUUUCCAGACUUCAGUGGCCUUCGGAAGUCUCUUGGCAGAAAGAGAAGUGAAAAACGCAGCAGGUCAACCAACAGCAGAGGGUCAUGCGGUGAUCUAAUCAAUGAGCCAACAGAGGUUUCCCCAUCUGGUUUGGUCACCUCUAUGCCCUCUUGCCUGCACCUUCCCUGGUUUGGGGAUAGAGGGAAAGAAAAGGAGGAGGUGGAACAAAGCAGGCAAAGGUUAAAGUCCGUGUCCAGCAGCAGUUUGCCCUAUCUCACUACCGCAGGCAGAAGAGUUCAGAGCAUUGGCUCCCCAGUGGGCAGCUCCAGCAUGGUGGGCCAUGUUUCUGAUCACUCCCUCUCUGGACACUCUAACACUUGCACCUUUUCCUCCUCUGAGACGUUGGACGAGUAUCCGAUUCCCAACAACAACAAUAAUCAUUGGCAGUCCCAGCCCGUCUCUGAGUGGAACAACCAGCAGGUGCGUCUGUGGUUAAUCAGCAUGAACAUGGAUCAGUACACCUCCGAGUUCACUGCCAAAGGAGUGGAUGGAGCACAGCUGCUAAAUAUGGACGGUCAGAAACUCAAGGUUCUUGGUGUGUCAAGUCAAAAUGACCGCUCUUUCCUCAAGAAGAAGCUAAAGGAGAUGAGAAAAGAGAAGGAUCAGAGGAAGGAAGACAAGAAGUUGAUGGAGGUUGAAGGCAAGGAAAGGGCAAGGAUGCCGAGUGAUAAAUCUGUAAAUGAAUAUGGAGGGUGGGGCAAAACUGUAAGAACAGAAUCCCUGUUGUAAAGGAGCAUACCAGGUUAAACCAUAUCCAGCACCAGCAUUUUUAAAAUGUAACCAAUGUGUUUGUGCUAAUAGACAUGGAUAUAUCUGCUUCACGCAUCUGGUUCCAGAUACAUGAUGGUUAGGGUUAAAAUUGAAUCUGCCAGAGCAGUCGUGGAUUCCAGCACCAUGAGUCAAACAGAAAUUAAAGGUAUUUAAUUGGGAAGUGUGUAAUCACCUGUCUUGCAGUAAUGGUUUUUAAUCAAUUGUAAUUUAUUCUUGAAAUGAUUUUUAAUCUGUGCCGAUGUGUGCACUCAGGAACUUGCUGUAAAUGUUUUUGUUUUAAUAAAUAAUGCUUUAAGCUCUUG